AUGCUGUUGCGUAGUGCCGGUCUCUUCCUCUUCGCACUGCAAGCCUCAGCCGUCCUCGCCGAUGACCUCAGCUGUGAUUUUCGCAGACCAUGCUGUUGGCAGUCACUCGAUGAGAAUACCAAAUGGCAGAUUCGAAGCGGUAGAGCUAUUAAUAUCAACGAAUUUCGUCGAACGUUUCUUGUAGGCAGAAGUCGACUUCCACCAGUGGGAAAUUAUCUCCUACAAAGCCGACGAAAGGGCCAGGCUACCUUUGGCUCGUGCCCGUUUUGCUCCGCUGAUGGCAAGGUAAAUGUGCAAUACAGGCACUGGCAAAGUCCGACGGCUCGUCUUAUGCUAUGUUGGAGACGGAUGGGGCAGGCGAUUCGUAGUGAGAACUGUCAUCCAGCUGAACCAUCUCGACAAAGUCAAGUGAUCAGUCAGAACUUGGUGGUGCCGAAAGGAAGCAAUGUCCAGGUGCUAUUCGUUAUGGAAAAGGCCGAUGGAGACGUGAAUGCCGUGGUGAUGAUUGAUCGAAUCCUCAUGAAAGUUAAAAAAUGUGUGCCUAUUGAAGAGAAAAAGGAGGUCUUAUCGCGGACGGCUUCGAUCCCUGCGGCACCGUUGUCGCACAGCAACAACAAAACAUCGCAUUCUUCAACCAGUGGAGUUGGGAAGUCUUCCCAACCAGCACUUUCCAAAAUUGGUACGUCUCAUGUGGCAGUCGUCGACGGAAAACUACGGCCUAAGGUACUGGAAAGUGAGGAUGCCCGGAAGUUGAUCAGGCAGUUGUUUCACGAAGCAAACACCAUGAAGAAUAAAGAGAGGAGAUCAGGAGAAGUGAAGGCCAAAGAAAUCGAACGACCAGGAAGAUCCACUGAAAAGGUGGUUUCCACUGGAGAGACAUCAAAGCCUACAGCAUUGCUGUCAACACUUUCUUUGAAGAGGCAAGCUAUUAGGCCUCCAAAACGCUUCAUUCCGGAUAUGGAGCAUUCAAGGGAGUUGGUCGGUGCUUCUGUGCCACCCAUGCCUCCACCGUCGCCACUAGCAAAGCCGGAAGAAUUCGAUCCGUUGACGGAUCUUCUUGGCAAGGAAUUAGUCGAUUUUCUCGAUCCUAACUAUGUGACAAAAGAUGAUGAAGAGGAACCUGAUUAUCGCGAUGAG